AGGCGCCAAGCCAUUUCAGAGGGCCGGUGGCUUGCUGAGGGGCUGAAGCGGUCCUGCCCUGCAGCCUCCAGAGCCAUGGGAAUGGGGCCGCGGAGCCAGUCCUUGCGAGGCCCCCGAGCCACCUAUGGAAAGCUCCAGGAGCCCUGCGGGAGGGCCCUGGGGGGCCGACUCUGCCGGGUGCUGAGCCUCAGACAAGGGCGUGAGAAGUCCAAGUCCCGGGGCCUGGAUGGAGGCACAGAAGGGCUGGAUGCCCCCGCUCAGGAGUGGCUGCCCGGGGGCCUGGGGGACACAGAGCAGCUGAUCCAAGCCCAGCGAGGAGGCAGCCCGGCGUGGCUGAGGCAGUACCGACAGCAGGUAAGGAGAAGGUGGGACAGCUUUGUCGCCAGCUUUCCCAGCGUGACCCUCAGUCAGCCGGCCUCUCCGAAGCCCCCACUGGGCACCACCAGCUAAAGAUGCUGGAAGUGACGGUGGUCCCCCUGCCACACCUGGACAAGACUGCCGUUGUCUGCUGACCUACCUACCUCGCGGCUCUUCUGGAGUGGAUUGGGCGGCCUCCUCUAUGUGGACUUCCUGCUUUCCUUACGUGGCACAACCAGGCCUCUGCCACCAGUCCCCAUGGGGCUGCCCCUCCCACCCUGAGCCUGGCCCUCAGCGAAGACCCAAGGCUGAAAAGGAGGGGGCCUGGCUCCCUGUCCUCUAGGCUUGGGGGCCCCUUGGACUAUGGUAUGAGUGAGUCACAGAAGCCUGCCCAGAAGUGGGGGUGUCGAUGCCCCUGCCCCACACAGGACCCGACAGGACCCGUCGUCAACUUCCAGGAUGGAGCUUGGUGAAGCCAGACCCACGGCUGAGAGGCUUGCGGACAUUGCCUGGUCCCUGGGCUGUGACCCAUCUGCCCUUCGCUACCAACGUCUGCUAAUGUUGGGCCCUGGCACAGGUCCCCUCACCGAUGGGGAGCCCCUCAGGGCAAGGACCACGUCUGGGCAGCAUGGGCACUCUGGGGCUGAAAGGCCCAGGCCUUGGAACCUCACAGUAUCCCUGUGAAGGGAGCAGGGGGAGCCUUUCCUCCCCGUGCGCAGAGGGAGAAACUGAGGCAGAGGAGAUUUGCUGUGCUUGGCAUCUCUGGCCCCACCCCCAGCCCACCCCGUGCCCAUUAGGGCUGAAUGCAGU